CCGAACCACGCGUCCAGCUCCCUCCCUCUCGCCUCGCCUCCCCACCUCGUCCGCUCCGCUCCGCUUCCCCAAUCCCACCAACAGAUUCGCCUCGCUUCGCCCCACACGUUUAUGCCGCCUCCCCUCCCAUGGCGCCACGCCCGCGGCCCUCCCCACCCCCCCGAGCCGCGACCCUAACCCUCCUCCUCCCGCUCCUCCUCCUCGCCUCCCCGUCCCUCUCCUUCUCCGCCGCCGCCCCCUCGCCGCCGCCGUCGGCACCCGCACAGCUCGGCGCGCCACCACGGCAGGUCACGUCGGCCUCCGACCCUGCUGCUCCCCCGCCGCUGCGACACCCGCGGCGCCACCGGCAGCGGCCGCCGCUGCCGCCGCCCCCGCCGCCGAGGCAUCGGCGGCGGCGGCUCAACUUCGGGGAGAAGCUCGGGAUCGCCUUCGCCGGAGUGGCCGUAGCAAUGCAGGUGGUCCUCGGCACCUUCCUGGCGCUGCGCGCGUGGCAGCUGCGGCGGCUGGACAGGGCCGAGGUAUCCUCCUGCACGCCCCUCACCUGACGACCAUUCCCCCGUCCCCGUCUCGCCCGCCCGCCCGCCCGCCCGCGCGAAGCUCGUCUUGAGUGUCAGGUCCGUGAUUUAUUUGUGAUCUGAUCUGAUGUCGCUGCUGUAAAGGAAUCCAUGGUGUAGUAGCCACGCCUUCUCCCUUCUGGACGCCAUUCUUUUCGUUCAAGCUGUACCGUAUGCAAUCCGCUUAUGCUCUGUGCAGGCUCUUGUAGAGAGGCUAUGUGAUAUGAGAGUUGUGCUGCUUCUUUGAUUAUUACUACGCCUUGCUUGAUCUAGAUUGUGAUCUGAUGCUA